AUGUCCAACACCGCCGGAGACUCGGAAAGGGAAGACUUCCGUUUCGCGUGAACAACCCUGACGUGUCAAAACACUCGAAACAUGCAGGCAGCGGAAUACAACAUUUCCGUCUGCGGUCUACGGUCUCUGUACUCAACAUGGCCGGGCAGUGGGAUGAGCGUAAGGUGGGGAAUAUAAGACUUUGAAGCCCUCCAGGUGUUUGCUGUGAGCGCACAGAGGACCAAAGUCUACCCUCACCAGUCCGAUACUGCCUUUCGAUCAUUUCACCGCUACAAUUUGCGCCCCAGCAUCAUUACACCACUCGCAAUGACCUCUAUAGUCCCUAUCAAGGGCGCAGAGAAGCUUUCCUCCGAAUGGCCUUUUGCGGAGGAUCUGUCGGGCAUCGAUGCGCCAAUCCACCUCGAAGGCGAGAUCAGCGACGUCGUUGUUAGGGGCGUCAUUCCGAGCAGCAUUGACGGGACAUUCUAUCGCGUUGGGCAAGAUAGAGUCAUCCCAGUGGAUAGGGGUCAUGUCCCCUGGUUGGGCAACGGUGUCGUAACAGCAUUUCGGAUCCACAAUGGUCGGGUCGACUUCAGGAUCAAGCAUGUGCACAACGACAAGUACAAGCUCGACAAACACAAGCGUGCAGGCAAUCCUGUGGACAUCGAAGCUUGCCCUUGGAUAGAGCAUCCAUGUGUCCAGGCUGUUAUUUCACAGAUAACUAACACCAACGUGAUUUAUUGGGCAGGUCGUCUUCAAGCCUUGUCCGAAAUGGGCCCCGCCUUCACCAUGGACCCUCAUACGCUCGAGACUACUGGAAUGGAUCCCUAUCGCGCCCACAUCAAGACAAUGACCAGCACUGCGCAUCCACAUAUCGAUCCUCACGCAGAUGAAAUGGUCACGUACUCGAGGGAGCUCCAUCAGAUCGUCUCCUACUCUGUGGACCGCCGAGGACGUGUUAAGAACGAGCACCGCAUCCAAGUACCCGACCUCGGAGUAUGCCACGACUGCGCCGUGACAGAAAACUGGAUCGUGUUCGCUCCAUGGCCAACAGCGAUGCGAGAAAAUCCUCAAGAGGGUGAGACUCAUGUGUGCUGGGACACGAGUCGCCCGACCAGAUUCAUCGUCGUUCCGCGUCGCCCUGAUCAACCUCUGGCUGGAUCCGGCUGGAAGCCCUACGAAUCGCGUUGCUACACCUUCCCCGAGCCUUCUGCCAUCAUCCACACCGCAGGAGCUUGGGAAGAAGACGGAAACAUCUUCUUCGAGGGAACCUUUCCGCACGACAUACGCUCAUCCAUCUUUCCUUUCCUCGGCAAAGAUCCCAAGCAAGCAGUUGGAAAUACAGUCGUCGACCUCGUCCGCUUCAAUAUCAACCCUUCUGGUCCCGACCAAACGACGCUGAAAGAACCCGAAAUCCUGGUCGACAUCCCGAACGAAUUCUGCCGUAUUGACGAGCGAUACAUGACAAAACCAUACGACAAAAUCUUCAUGAACAUUUUCUACUCUGAUCACAAAGAGCCGGCGAAGAAAGGCAUUUUUGCAACUUUGAACGCCGUCGCCAUGCUUUCCAAGGAAACAAAGGAAUUGAAAAUCUACGACCCGGGUCCGAACGUGCGAUGCAUGGAACCAGUUUUUAUUCCUCGCUCUGAAGAUUCUGCAGAGGGAGACGGACAUAUAAUAUUUGCCGUCGAUCGCUUCGAUGUCAAUCUUACGAAUUUGGUGAUUUUGGAUACGAUUGGUGAUUUCCAGACUCCGGUGGCAGUCAUUGAAUUGCCAAUGCGAUUACGGGCACAAAUUCAUGGAAAUUGGGUCGAUGCGAAGGAAGUCGGGUCUCAGCCUUUGGUUCCUCUUCCUCCUUUGGACAACAUGCAUUACAGAUUGUAACUAGAGGGAGUGUCACUCAAUUGCUGGAUAUCGAGCCUUCAGGAUUUCGACCCCAUAAUCAAGGCUUGAAUAGUUUGGAGCCUGUGCUUUUUGGUUCAUCACGUUUGAGGACGCUCCGCGUGUUGCAAGUUGGUAGUCUGCGUCUACUUUGUACCUCGUUCAGCAUUCAGCCACAGCAGGAAAGCUGAGCCUCGGCGAUUGCCGACGAAUUUGAAACUGAAAGCUGGGGUUGCGUGAGAUAGCCAUGAUAGAUUACAUAGCAGUACGAGAAGGACUUUUGUAACCCUCGUUACU